UGAAUGAGAAUUACCGGUCUAAUACUAUGAUAAAAAGAAAUGCCUCCUCUUUCGCAGAAGCUCCAGCAGAGCACCGGGGGAGUUUGGAAUAUCAACCUCAAUUAUCCUAUGUGUUUGUUCAAUUUGAUGUGAUAAAGACACCUGGUUCCUUCAGCCACUAAAUUUGCAGAACCUGUCAAACAAUUCGCCUCUUUAUCCAUGCACACGACCAUAUGAAUCCUGAAAUUUCUCACAAAAUUUAAAGCUCACGGUUAUUGUGACGUAACCACAAUUAAAUUUGGACAUUGUUUUCUUCCUUGCUCGGGAAAGAGUUCGUCUCGCAGUCAACAAGAAGACCUGGAAAAGAUCUUCGAUCUUGCAGCUUUUGGCCUGAUGGAGUCACAGAAACGUCUAAAAUGGAGAAAGCCAGAUCUUAAACCAGUUCAAACAGGCAGAGUGAAUAAGAACACAGAGGAAAUCGCUGAAGAAGAACCACUGAGUCCAGCAGCUCGGUUGUUCCAUGAACCCAACUUCAAUGUCUACGUCCUGGCUAUCAUGGGUUGCAAGACCCGAAUUCAUCCGCGUGUCAUUAAAGCCAACUUGGUGCACACUCUGCUCAAGCACCCUCGCUUCUCAAGUUUACAGGUCAUUGACAAGAAAAAUAAUAAAGAAAUGAAAUGGGUACGCACGGAAGUUGAUUUGGACAAGCACGUACUUGUUCCAGAAUUAGAUGAAAGCAUUGAAGCACCAGACAGAUUCAUAGAAGAUUAUAUCUCCAGCCUCACCAAAACCAUUAUUAACAGAUCACAGCCACUUUGGGACCUCCAUCUCCUCAACCUGAAAACUUCAGAUGCUGAGGCCAUUGGCGUUUUCAGAAUCCACCACUCUCUCGGCGAUGGAACUUCUCUUAUGUCUCUUCUAUUGGCAUGCACUCGACAAAUCUCUGAUCCUGAGGCAUUGCCUACUGUUCCUACGAUGGUCAAGAAGCAGCAGCAGCAGGAAGAGAAGAAGGGUUUUCUAGUGAAAUUUUGGAUGUAUGUUAUGAAAGUUUGGUGGGUUAUUCAACUGUUCUGGAAUACUAUGGUUGAUGUGUUCAUGUUUAUGGUCACCAUGCUGUUCUUGAAGGAUACCGAGACCCCUUUGAAAGGUCCACCAGGUGUUGAGUUUACUCCUCGACGCAUUGUUUGGCGGACUGUGAGUUUGGAUGAUUUCAAGUUGGUGAAGAAUGCAUUAAACGCUACUGUGAACGAUGUUGCUCUGGGAGUCACACAGGCUGGCUUGUCACGGUAUCUUAAUAGAAAAUAUGGCGACGAGUUUAAUGAGAAUGAUAACGAGGAACCAACACAAAUGAAAAAUAAUCUCCCAAAGAAUAUCAGGCUCAGAGCAACUCUUCUUGUCAAUGUACGACCUGUCUCAGGAAUUCAGGCUUUAGCUGAUAUGAUGGAAAAGGAAGGUGAAGCAAAAUGGGGGAACUGGAUUGGUUAUGUCCUUCUCCCUUUCACCAUUGCCAUACGAGAUGACCCUAUAGAUUAUGUUCGAGAAGCCAAAGCCACUGUUGAUCGAAAGAAGCGUUCUUUAGAAGCAUUCUGCACUUUCUCCAUUGCUGAAAUGAUCCUUAAGCUUCUUGGCAUUAAGACAGCAAAUUCUAUAUCCCACAGAACUAUCAGUCACACGACAAUGUGCUUCUCGAAUCUAGUUGGACCCCAAGAGGAAAUCGGAUUUUAUGGCCAUCCAAUGGCUUACUUAGCUCCGAGUUCUUUCAAUCAACCACACGGUUUGAUGAUUAACUUCCAAAGUUAUGCCAAUAAGAUGAGCAUCGUUUUAUCGGUUGAUGAAAAGACUGUUCCUGAUCCUCACCAGCUAAUUCAUGACAUCAUUGGAUCUCUCAAAUCCAUUAAAGAUGCUGUGGUGUCCAGAGAUCUUGUCAAUUCUCAUGGAUAAUAUUUGAAUUUUGACCCUCUUCUGGGAGACCAACUCGUGUCUGGUACCGUAGUUCUCUAUCUAGGUCGACGUAUGGUUAGAUUGGAAUAAAAGCUUUGUCUUAAAUAAAUUAGCUACUAAGUUGAUUGAAAUAAGGUUUUGCAGACGAUAUGUUUUUGUUUGUGUCUGAACAGACUUUGCACAACUUGCCUUAUGUUGAAUACAACAACCCCGACAAGAAUUGAGAUAAAAUCAUAUUAUUGGAUUUUCUUCUUGGAAAAUUAU